AUGCACGGCUUCAAGCACAUUCCUGCGCACUACCUCGACUCCAGUGCUGUCGCGAGCAGGCUGCCUAUUCUGAAGCGGCGGCGCAAAAGCCUCAUCGUUGUCGCUGCAUUCAGCAUUCUCGUCUUGAUCUUUCUCGCUCACAGCACCACACUGCGCCAUGUCGGCGUUACCAACACCCAGCCAGGUCAACCACCCGCGCGGGUCCUCCCCCCAGGAAACCUGCACGUGCUGAUUCCCGCGGACAAAAAAGAUGUCAAUCUCUGCAAGACGCUGCUCAGCGCCGGCAUAGCUGGGUUCCCUACUCCCACGCUGAUCAACUGGGGCGCGCAAUUCACAGACAAGAACCUGGUGGCUGGGGGCUCGCACCUGGCCAAAAUCAGCGGCGUAUCCGCGUACCUGGAGAGUCUGGGUCCCGAGCGCGACAACGACAUUGUGCUGCUAGUCGACGGGUACGAUAUCUGGUUCCAGCUGCGGCCCAGCACGUUGAUCUCGCGGUUCCACGGCAUCAACAAGGCGGCGGAUGCACGGGUGCGCGCGAGCAUGGGGGCAAAAGCCAUGCGCAGCGAGGGCAUCAAGCAGGAAAUCGUCUUCUCGGCGCAGAAGAGAUGCUGGCCGUGGAAAAAGGAGGAUCCGGCCUGCGCGGCGGUUCCUGCAUCUUCGCUCCCGCAGUCCGUCUACGGCCCGCAUACAGACACCGACGUGGGGUUUGUCAAGAAUCCCAACCUCAGGUUUCGGCAGCGCUACCUGAAUUCCGGGGAUGCCAUGGGGAGGGUGGGCGCGCUGAAGAAGUUGUUCGGGCGGGCCCUGCAAAAGGCGGAUGAGGAUCCGAAUUUCGGGAGUGACCAGAAGAUCUUCAGUGGCAUUUUCGGGGAGCAAGAGGUUAUGCGAGAGGCUGUGAGGCUGAGACAUGGGAGUUAUUUGCAGCGGCUCAAGGAGUGGAUGGCUGGUAGGAAGAGUAUUUUCGGUGAGGGCACGGUGCGGCACUUGGGUGAGCAGAAGACGGGAGAGACUUAUGAGUUUGGGAUUGGGCUUGAUUAUGCGUCGUUGAUCGGGCAUCCGACUGUCUUUGCAGAAGACGACGCAGCGUGGAUUACGCAUAACAAUGCCGCUGGUAUCGCGGAUGCGUCGGCUGCUUUGAACGUCACUGCGCUGCCUAUCCGCGUACAAACACUUGCAGAGGAUAUCUCGUCGUCGCAACCACCGUUUCGCCCGGCCGUUCUCGCCCCAGACGCACACUUCGACAUGACCACGUCGUGGACCGAUGUCCCGCUGUACACCAACAUGUGGACGGCCGUAGUGCCUGGGCUCAUCCACCACAAUGCGCAUCGCGAUGGGAUGAAGAAGCUGCGAAAGACGUGGUGGGAUCGCCCGUGGUUCUUUUCACAUGCGCGCCGCUUGUACGAGUCGCACGUCAAAGGACCUGUGGCUCCUGUCGCAGUAGUCAGGGAUGAGGAAAUGGGUACAGAGCAGGCGUGGUGGAGUCCCAUUGCAGACAAAGGGGGGGCAAAGUCGGACAAGGGCGAGUGGCUGGGCUGGGGUGAGCUGUGUGGUACAUUUGAAUCAGAGAUUUUUAGGGAUGCUUGA